GGAGAAGACUGGGCUCGGGUCGAGUGAGGGAAACGUGGCGAUGUUGGCGGGUGGAGGGUCAUCUUGGGAACGGACGGUCUGGGCACUGAUCAUUUGUGUCCAGCGCAAGGGCGAGCUGGUCAGGUUCCACUCCACGGUCGGGGUGUGCAAAUCCCCCGCCGGGCUAUGCAGGACGGCGCACAUUUGAUCGGGCAGUGGCCUGUAUACGGCAUGCGGCUGACUCGGGGGACUCACAAAACCGAGGAGAUUCGCCGGCGUGGACGUGGACGGUUGUUCGUCCCAGGGCGCCGGCUGCAGGGUACCUGGUUGGGCGUGGCUGACGAGACCCUCUGGGUGCAGCGUCUGAGCGAUCGAAAGCUCGGAAAAGACAUAAGGGAAGUCAUUGCGAAAUUCUCGAAUGAGCUCCUCAUUCGGCUUCUGCGACGUUUUCCUGAAGAAGUGCUGUUGAGCCCACGCCAGGGUGCAUCUCGUUUUCGCGUAUGCGCGUAUCACAAUUACCUCUUGCCAAACAUUUUCCCCGCUCCCUCAGGGUGCCGUCACUCUCGCGACGUGGUGUGUGUCAGUGGAAGUCCAUGGAGUAGGACCCGGGGGGGGAUAUGUCCGAUUGCACGUUUGCUCCAUCUACACGGCAUGACAAGAAGGGCGUUUGUUGUCGCUGAGCUUCACGAUUGGGACGGAAGUGACUGCCGAUGAAUCGUCUGAAGGCCCCUCCCGCCAAUCAGAGCCGG